AUGGAAUGUGAAGCCCUAGAACAUGAAGAGAAAAAAAGAAAGAAAUCUAAGAAAAAACAGCAUAAAGAAUCUCAAAAGGAUGAUGAUCUUGAACUCAAAAAUGAUAAUAAUCAAUCAACUAUUGUAGAUGAUGAACAUGGAAAGAAGAAAAAAAAUAAAAAGCACAAAAAGAAAGUAAAAAAUGAAGACAGAGAAGCCGAAAUUUCUACAGAUACAGAACGUUCGGAUUUGACAGAAAGUCAGCCAAAGAAAAAGAAGAAGAAACAAAAGCAUGAAGCAGAAGAUGUUAAAGAAAUAAAAGGACAGAAAGGCCAAAAAGAUCGUUUUGAAGACAAAGAUGAAGCAACAGAAGCAAAACGGAAAAAGAAAAGAAAGAAGAGUAAAAAGGAAAAGACAAGUGACGAAGAAGAGGAAGAAUUACGAGAGAAUAAAAAGAAAUCAGAGGAAAAAGUUGAUGUUGGACAGUGGGGUCAAGCCUCUUUUGGAUCUGAAGAGCAAAAAAAUAAAUUCAUACGGCUGCUUGGUGGGUUUAAAAACAAAGACAAGUCAGUAGAUGAUAAAGGAAAGACAAGUAUCUUUAAAGGAGUAAAGAAAUUUAAUAGUGCUGCAAUGAGUAAAGAUGAAGAGAAGAGGUUAAAUAACAAACUGGAGACGCAAUAUCAACAAGCAUUUGAUACCUCAAGAAAUAAAAGAGGUCUUGGCCUUGGUUAUGACCCAAACCAGGAUAAAAGCUUAAAAACAUUUCAUAUUGAUGUUGAGGGGCCACCAAAGUCAAUGAAGUUUGAAUGAGAUCAUA